AUGAAGAAGUUCGGCUUUGGAAAGAAGGGCGAUGACGGCGACGACGCCAACCGUCAUGCCCUCUUUAGUCGCAAGAAGUCGUCUCAGUCCGUCUCCUCCAACUCCUCCAACCCCUACGCCAAGCAAGGAGGCAAAGAUCCCUACGCCGACGAAGCGAAAUAUGCCAACAUGACUCCUUAUCAACAAGCCCGCGCAGGCCUUGGUGGCCCCGGCGGCCCUAGCCCUGCCCCCCAGGCUGCCAACCCCUACGGUGCUCCUUCGCCCGGACCCGGAGGUCCCCCCUCGCAACCCCCGAGCGGCUACGGUGCGGAUAGAUACGGAUCUGGUGGUGGCUACGGCGGAAACCGAUAUGGCGAUGCGCCCAGCCAGAACAGAUACAACAGUCCUGCCCCAGCCGCCGGUGCUAGAGGCCCUGGUGGCUAUGGCGGAUUUGGUCCCAGCGAGCCUGAUGACAACCGCGAUGCUCUGUUCGCCGGUGCCCAGGAGCGCCAGGCUCAGAAGCAGACUCCUGGCCAGGGCGGAGCUUAUGGGCAGUCAGGAGCGGACGGUGGUUCAUAUGGUGGCUAUGGAGAGGAGCGCCAGUUGACCGCUGAGGAGCAGGAAGAGGCAGAGUACCAGGCUAUCCUGCAAGAGAAGCGACAACUUCAGCAGGAGAGUGCUUCUUCCGUCAGCCGCUCAGUCCAGAUGGCUCGACAGGCGAACGAGGUCGGUCGCGCUACGCUAGCUCGUCUUGGUGCUCAGGGUGAACGAUUGAACAACACCGAGAAGCAUCUCGAUCUCGCUGCCAACCAGAACAAGAUUGCCCAGGACCGGGCUGCAGAGCUCAAGACUUUGAACGGAAGCAUGUUUGCUGUUCAUGUCAGCAACCCAUUCACAUCCAAGCAGCGCCAGUUGAAGGCCGAUGAGGAGGUCAUGUCACGUCACCGGUCUGAGCGAGACGCCCGAGAAGCCACCCGUCGUGACGGUUUCCAAGCCAACCAGCGAAUGGAGUCCAACUUCAGGGAUAUGGGCGCUGCGGGCAGAGCACGAGGGGCAGCCCGCAAGAAGGAUUAUGGAAAGUUCAACCUCGACGACGAGGAGGGUGCAGAUGAGCUUGAAGACCAGAUCGACGAUGGCAUUACCGAGCUGGAAGGCCAGGUGUCGAUGAUGAACAUGGUUGGCAGAGCCAUUGGCAAGGAGGUUGACGCGCAGAACAAGCAGAUCGAUCGUAUUAUGAACAAGGCGAGUGGAUUUCUUUCUCAUGUCACUCGCGAAACCAGAUCUAACCUCACAUAUAGAGCGAUGCUGUUGAUGACGCCACGAGAAUGA